UAUCACAUCCAUCCUGAAGAAUUAUGUGAACUAUAAGAGCUGGUAACGCACUGUAACUGGGAAUCAGCUUGUGUUCGCCUUGUGUCGCUAGUUCGGGCAAUGUUGGCAGGCUGUUGAAGAGAUAUUAAUGUGCUUGAUUACCAACCGAUUCUCCGGUGUUAAACGUCAGAAUUAAAUACGAAUUAUGCGCUUUCCGAUUAACACUUCGACAAAGCACGUUGGAGCCCCACGAAGAAAUGACGUGUCUGGUCUUGUCAUCCCGGCAUAAGAUUUAUUGGAUCAGUUUGCUCAUUGUCUCGGCAUUGUCUGUGGCCUUAUGGUAUAAUCAUGUCACCAGACUGGAUGUCGCCAUUGUGGGCAAUAUGGGCAAUAUGGGCCUUCAUGGGUACAUCCGGAUCACAUCUGGAAAUAUGGAUCAGUUCCUGAAUGCUCGCUGUAAAGAAUGUGCCUUGGUGUCCAGUUCAGGUCAGAUGCUGAACGCUGCCAAAGGGAAGGAAAUCGACAAACUGGAUUGUGUUAUCCGCAUGAACAAUGCUCCAACCCUGGGCUACGAACAUGACGUGGGGAGCAAGACCAGCCUGCGCGUCGUAUCCCACACCAGUGUGCCCCUCAUACUCAAGAAUGAGACCUAUUACUUUCAGAAGUCCGCGGAUACGGUGUACGUUGUGUGGGGGCCAGAGAGAAACAUGCGUCAGGAUGGCAAAGGCAAAAUCUUCAAUGUUAUCCUGAAAGCUGCUCAGAAGUAUCCGCAUGCCAAAAUCUAUGUGGUGACAAGAGAGCAGAUUCAGUACUGCGACGGACUUUUUCAGAAUGAAACCGGGAAGAACAGAAUGCAAUCGGGGGCCUUCCUAAGUACUGGAUUCUUUACCAUGGUCCUGGCGAUGGACGUGUGUGACAGUAUUCAUGUAUAUGGCAUGAUCAAUAAUGACUACUGCAACCAGGCGAAUCCCGCCGCUGUUCCGUACCACUACUAUGAGAAGGGCCGGAUGGAGGAGUGCCGCAUGUACCGCGUUCACGAGAAGGCGCGGCGCGGGGGCCACCGCUUCAUCACCGAGAAGGCCAUCUACGGCAGGUGGGCCUCGCACAAAAACAUUCACUUCCAUCACCCCUCGUGGACGGGCCGGGACAGCGGCGCCUGAGUGCAUUUGUUGCUCUCUGAAAACAGGUAUAUUUUGGAAUUCACCCUUUUGUUUACACACAGUGGGUUCACCAAAUUUACUUACUGCACUCCUUGAAAUCUAAGCUCGGGAAAAAUGGCUGAAGACAGCAUUUUGAAAAUGAUACUUUCUAAUAGGUAAAAGAUGUGAUAUAAACCCAUGUAUUCUGCUGGAUUUAAAAUGGGGGAAAUUCAGCUAGAAAUUUUAAUACUAGUAAUGUACAAUAUAUUGGUAUAAUACCUACCAACAGCCCCCAGGUCUAGGGUCCAGUGCUUUAACAAAUUCCCCACAUUAUUUAUCAGUAUUAUAAAUUAUCCAUUUCUCCAUGACCAGUUUUGUUUGGUUGAGGUCUGUGUCCAUUAUCUCUUGCAAUGCAGAGAUGUGCUUUAGGCUACAUGGACAUCAUGUGUUAAUUGGUCUAUAGAGCCCCUGUAGCAUGGUGGGUGAAUCUAGCAUUCAGAUAUAGACAAUCACUCCUGCAGCAAAGCACGCUUAUAUGCAGUGAAUGAAUAGCGUGCCAGGCUCCGAGUUCACAUUAUCAAUAUUCAUCCCAUCACAGAAUGUCGACUUGUUUACAACCUGGCCGACGUUCAAAACAUUCUAAAGUGUGGUUUACGCUGAGAGAAAGCAGCAAUACAGAUACAGCCAAAAGCUAAUCACUGUUGUAAAAUAAUUUAAUAUAAGGAAGUAGCACCAGUAUCUCAAAACAUUUACUGCAACAUUGUUUGCUGAGAAUAAAACUGUUUGCAUAACAGCUAGCUUUAAUGGAAUGGAAACAAUGGGCUGUACUGUUUCUUCUAUUUAAAACCACAUUUUAUUUUUGGGGCACUAUAUUACAAGAGCGAACAUCUGGUCACAUGUUUUGACCAUACAUCAAGGAUUUCAAUACGAAGAGCGCCCCCCAAAGGCCAUAUUUCAAACGCCCAUAAUCUCAGGAAUCGCUGGUCCAAAUACAUUUUUUGCUAUUUUCUUGACCCAGUGAGAUCUACAGUAUACUUUACAACUAGCAAAAUCCCUGACAAAGGGUCCAAACAUGUCUCCAGAUUUCACUCAGUAUCCCCUCUGAAUAUGUGCACUGUGGCUGAUUCAUAGCUGACGUUUUCUAAACAGAAAUGAAGUGAAAUUUGAAAAUGUUUACCAAGAAAUAUUAACGGGUAUAGCAAUGUCAUAUAUUACAUUUAAAGAGGUGUCAGUCAAAAUCAUGUAUUUUGCAUUAUAUUGCUUUUGUUUAUUAUUUCUAAUGCACUCAUGACACAGUCAGUUUAAGCAGCUGGUUUUAUUUCUGUGAUCUUUUAAAAGCCAUAUAUUGCUUUUAAUAUUAUACAGUUAGCCUUUCAUUAUUUUUGUGCUUCCUUAAUGAACUGUGUGUGUUCAUUUUUAUUGCUCUUCUUUUAAAAGCAUAUACACUCAACGAGCAAUUUAUUAGGUAGACCUGUACACCAGCUUGUUAAUGCAAAUAUUUAGUCAGUUAAUCAUGUGGUAGCAACUAAAUGCAUAAAUGCAGACGUCGAGGUUCAGCUGUUGUUCAGACAAUGUCAGAAUUGGUGAAGACGUUUGAUCUAAGUGACUGACUGUGGAAUGAUUGUUGGUGCCAGGCAGGAUGGUUUGAGUAUUUGAGAAACUGCUUAUCUUCUGUGAUUUUCACGCACAACAGUCUGCAGAGAAUGGUGCGAAAAACAUAAAACAUCCAGUGAGCAGCUGUUCUGUGAGCAGAAACGUGUUGUUAAUGACAGAGGUCAGAGGAGAAGGGCCAGACUGGUCGAAGCUGAGAGGAAGGUGACAGUAACGCAAAUAACCACACAUUACAUAGUGGUAUGCAGUAGAGCAUCUCUGACUACACAAUGCAUCAAACUUUUAAGUGGAUAGGCUACAGCAGCAGAAGAAUAAGUCUAAUACAUACCUAAUAAAGUGCUCACUGAGUGUAUUAUUGCUAUACUUGACUGAACCGUUUAUGAUUGUAUGUAUUCAGAUGUAUUUUCUUAAUUUGAAAGUAGUACUUAUUCAGGUAAGGUUCGUCUCUUUAUCCAAAGAGACAGAAUCUAACAAAAGAACAAUGUAGGCUUCUGGAAAGUCAUUAAGAGAAUAUCUCAUAUUGACACAUGAAGGAAAAGGUACAUACGGUGAGCAUACUUGAUGUUUUUGCCCAUCCUUAGGAAAGGCUCUUAUAUGAUUUCAGAUUGUUGUGCCUUAUACAGUGUCUGCAUGCGCAUGAUAAAGAGGAACUUGAGCAUAAUCAUUUUUACAGCCACUUCCUGUUCAUAUUUUUUACAAUCUGUAAAUAGGUCUGUGUGGAUGUACUGUAUUUCUGAAUCGGGAUAUGCUUUUUUCUAGACGGAACAUUUAACCACUUCAUUAAUUUUACAGUGUUUUUAGUGUAUGUCUUUUUGGUACAUUUCUGUGGCAAGCAUGAGUAGUAAAUCAUUAUACAGCUAGUCCUGUCACCAUUAGUCUUUUAGCAUGGAAUGCAGUCCAGGAAAUACCGACACAACUGUUUAAAUUCUCUCGUGAUCUUGCUGCCAGACAUACAAAGAUGCAUUGAAGGGAAGAAGAUAUUGGCUCCCUGUGAUUGAAAAUGCAACUGUAGUUAAAGUAAUCCCAAGGGAAAUCAUUGGUAACAAAUACUCAUGCCACCACGUUUUAACCGUUUUGCCUGUACUGAUAUUUAUUGCCUGUACUUGUGUUUUCACAACCUUGGAGUAUUCUAAGCGGACCUGGAUCAAAUGUGUAAUUGUUUUGGAUUCAAAUACUUUUCUGUGUUAUAUUGAUCUUGUCUUGUAUAACUGAUCCAACCAAGAGGACCAGAAGGCAGGGUUUGAGAAUAUUUCAUAGGUUCCAAUCAGGGGAACCGGGAUUGACAUUUUCCCCCAGAAGCUUGCAAACCCCAGAGGUUGCCGGAAGUAUUGCAGCUUAUUAAGUCUGCUGCCAAAAAGCAAAUUUACCCAUUCAAGGCCAUUCAAAACUAUGACUUUACCCUCAUGAAUGUAUAGAAUUUUUUUAAUUACUUUGAAAUUGUACAAUUUCUUCAGACUGAACUAAUUACUCUCCAGGGAAUGUUUUGAGCCGCAGAGAAAACCAAUUUUUUUUUUUAAUUACGGCACAUUUCUUCCUGCUUGGGUACCCAUUACAUUACAUUAUUGGCAUUUGGCAGACGCUCUUAUCCAGAGCGACGUACAGUUGCAGGAGACAAUCCUCCCGUGGAGCAAUGCAGGGUUAAGGGCCUUGCCUAAGGGCCCAACGGCUGUGCGGAUCUUAUUAUGGCUACACCGGGAUUAGAACCACCGACUUUGCGUGUCCCAGUCAUUUACCCUAACAACUAUGCUACAGGCCGCCCAUUGCACAUUCCCUGAUGCCAAAAACAGCCCCAUAGCCAUUGAUAUAUAUAUUGAUGGUUCCAGUACACCAGAUAAGCUCAGUAAAGCAUAGCUGGCUAUUUCACAGCAGUGCAUCACUAAUGUUGACUGGAUGUCCAGGAACCUUGUCCAGUUAAUUUCAGACAAAACCGAAGUCCUUGGCAUUGGUCUCGUACCUAUGUGUUUUUUGACCCAAAUCUGAAUUUUGAUCAGCGCACCAAAAAGCUAGCCCAGCCUACCAUCUUAGAAACAAUUCAAAAAUAAUAUCGGGCUUGUCAACUGAGGAUGUUGAGAGAAUAAUACAGGCUCAUUGAAGCCCUAAGGAGCAAAUAACCUGGGUCUGGGUCUUAGUAAUCAUCAUUUUAAAAAGUAACGAAGAAUAAUCCAAAAGGGUUCCCAAACUUCUGCACAGGGUCCUUUUCCUUUUUUAUCAUUUAUAAACAGUAAAAAAAAAAUUUUUUAAAAGGCAAUCUUGCAAUCUGUUAUGCCAUUUAGAGUUCAGGUUUGCUUUUGAUCACAAACAGAUUAAUUUAAAAGACAUUUAAACCUGGGGUGCGCACAUUUUUUUGCACCCCACUGUACAGACUACAUAUACAUUCAUUAUUAAUCCGAAACAAUUAUGUAUUUGAUCGAGUAUGGUGUUCUCUGUGCAAUUGCAGUCAAUUUCACUCAUUGCUGUUUCUGAUAUGAUAUUAUAAAAUUGUGUCAUGAAUUAUGUAAAGCCUAAGACUGAUCAUGCUGUGUGUGAAACGUUACCAUGUCAUCUGUGCCCUGUUAAAAAUAUUUAUACCAUGGGUAACUGACCUGAAAUGGUCUAUUGAACUGAAUGCCAUUGCUGCAGCACAUUAACUUUGUCUUCAUUUCAAGUCCUAUGUAACCACUCUGUAUGCAUGUGACGGUUGUAAAAACAGUUAUUGAAAACAGUUUGCACUUUCCCAUUAAAUACGUUUUUCUUA